AUAAAUUCACAAUGGCUUCGACGGAGAAGAAGAUCAACGAGAAUUGAGAAAAAACAAAUCUUGAAGUCAGUGAAGAAGAAGAAGAAGAACAACAACAACUUUUGAAUCACAAUCAGCACCACCGUGUUUGAAGCCCUGUUCAAAGACACCGAGCGAAGAUUCAAUCGCCGGAGAAAAUCAAUCUUCAUCAACUAUUUGCAGGCUCAAUCUAUAAAAUUCUCCCACUUAAUCUCCAGAAAAUCAACGGAGGACCAGAGAUACGACCCGAUUCCUCAAUCCAAAUCCCAAAUCUAAAGAAUCAAGCAGUAGCAAUUCGGAUUUUAUGUGCACACGGAAGGUGUUCGACGAAAUGCCUGAAAGAAAAUGAUCUCCCUACAGCGGCGCCGGAGUUUCGCCGGCGUUAUUCCGCCGUCGAAAUUAUUGCAUCCAAUCAUUCAAAUCCAGAAUCGCAAUCUCGUCAAUGUGAAGCUCAAGUGGGUAAAGGAUUCUGUUCUUGAUUCCGCCGUGUCCGCCGAUAUAGGCCUCAAAGCUACUUGCACUCUGGUUUCACUCAUUGGUUCCCGCCAUGAUCGUGCUCUUCCCAUUCAUCGUCUUUCGAAAUAUCGCCGGCAGCUCGGCCUCCCCGGCGACCUCAAACUCACGACAUUCAUUCGCCAGUACCCGAGUAUCUUUCAUGAGUUUUACAGCCCAGAUUCCGGCGGCACUCCUCUUCCGUGGUAUAAAUUGACGCUGGAAGCAUCGGAUUUGUAUCGCCAAGAAACGAUCGCCGUUUACGACGAUUGUUACGGCGACAUUUUGCGCCGGCUGCAAAAGUUGCUCAUGCUAACGAAAGAUCGAUUACUUCCCCUGCAAACGAUUGAUCAGCUGAGGUGGGAUUUGGGGCUACCGUACGACUACGAAAGAAAGAUCGUCGCAAACCAUUCGGAUCUCUUCGAUUUUGUCGACCUCCCGGACGGACGUCGAGGUGUCAAGCUAUUAGCUUGGGAUGAUUCGUUGGCGGUAUCGUGUUUAGCGUCGAGAAAUUCGAAUCUCGCACAAAAAGACGGCGCAUUGGAGUUUCCGGUUGGGUUUCCGCGGGGAUUCGGUUUGAAAAGGAAGUGCGUCGAAUGGUUAAACGAGUGGCAAAAGUUACCGUACACUAGUCCUUACGUCGACGCAUCUCAUUUGGAUCGAAGAACGGACGUCUCAGAGAAGAGGAUCGUCGGGGUGUUUCACGAGCUUCUUCACCUAACGAUCCUCCGGAAAAUGGAACGAAAAAAUGUGAGCAACAUGCGCACGCCGUUGUCGAUGCCUCAGAAGUUCACUAAAUUGUUCGAAAGGCAUCCCGGGAUUUUUUACAUAUCGAAGAAGGGGGGCGUGCAGACGGUCGUUCUUAGGGAGGCGUACGAUCACGGGAAGCUCGUCGAGAAGCAUCCGUUGAUCGAUGUGAGGGCGAAGUAUGCAAUUGCGAUGAAGGAGGGGUAUUUGGAUCGAAGUAGAGGAUUGUAUAAGAAAUCGAGGGUUGCGGGCGAGGAUAGCGCGACGAAUGUCGCCGUCGCCACCGCAGCUUUCGACCGAGGUCGCCGGCGGCGAGUGUGUGAAUCGGAAACGGAGAGUGAUUGUGAUUUGCUUGAGGAGUAUGAAUCGGAUGAAGAGUGUUAAGAGGAUCCUGAAACGGGUGAU